UCCGUAUUCCAGUUUUAUGACCCAGAACAUAAAGGCUACGUGUCCACUGAAGACUUUGAUAAGAUCGUAGUCAGUCUACCGUUCUCCUGCCACAUUCUGGAAAAGGAAAGGUAUGUUUUCAGGUGGAAAGAAGCCCGAUGAUGAUGGUAAAAGUGAGACAAUUAUGACAUUGGAUUGUCUUAUUCACAGUGAUGGGCCAAUCAGUCGCCAAGAGAUGACAUCUUACUUCAUGAAAGCCAGUCAUGUCUGCUCCAAGUUGGGUGUCCGUUUCCUGCAGAGUGUGGUGGAGGCGCGUCUGAAGAAAUCUCCGCUGUGUGCCAAUUGU